AACAGCCCUCUUGUGUCAUUACCGGAUGCUGCAGCGAUUUGUGCAUCACGGCCUGGUGGUGGAUACCUAGCCACCCUUUUAACGGCCCUGGAGAACCAGCGCUUGGCUGAGUUGGCUAACACUCAGGAUGUCUGGCUUGGACUUUCCCGCACUGCUGUUCCUCCAGCAGGUGGUAACAGCAUGGAUGCUGUCAGCGCUUUGCCGGAGCUUGCUGCCAUUUCACCUGUAAUGGAUCAACUUGAGCAGUGCCAGUUAAACACAAGCGCUGGUAGCAAUUCUACCUCGGCAGCAGCAUCCAGCUCGAUCGAUCUGUCAAGCAUAGGCAGUGCCCCAAGAAGCUAUGCAUGGACAUGGCAGGAUGGGUUCAAUAACCGCACAGUGGCAGAUGGGCUGCGGGCAGGAACCAGUGGUGCUGGCUGGACAAACUGGGGCCGCUUGGAGCCGGACAACAAGGAUGGAAAGGAGGGGCAGUGUGUCACUAUGCUUUCCCAAGGGGCUGUCGCUGGGCAGUGGGUUGAUCGGUCAUGUGACACGCUACAAGCGUUUGCUUGUCGAAGACCUGCAAUUGGCAUCAGUCCAGUUCCAGGCCGAAGACCGCGCGUAUUGGACUACGUUGGUGGUGCUUCAAAUUCAUCAGCGGCAUUUCUAGAUGACACAAUGUACUGGGCGCCUGGUGUUCUUCGUACCUGGGAGGAGGCUAACGAGGUUUGCAAGCAGGCAGGUGGAUGGUUACUGGAGGCUCGCAAUAGUGAUAUCAACGAUCUUGCCAUGAGAUUGUGCUUGAGCGUUCGCUCUGCAAUUCGUUCAACUGUCAGCACGACGGGUGGUGGCUGCUGGUUUGGUCUCUUCAGUGCUACUGGAGGUGGAACGGAGGAAUACGCGUGGGGACAAAGUGGCAUGCGUGGAAAGCUCAGCUAUGCCCCACAGCCUCCGUGGGCAAAUACAUACCCCCAGAAAACGUAUACUACGCAAUGCGGCGCGUUGGGCAUGCCAGCGCCCGCAGCUUCGGCAACGGAGUCAGCUGGCUGGAUGAACGCAGAUUGUUCAUUGCGGCUGGCAUUCCUGUGUGAGCGGCCAGUGCCGCCGGCACCCGGCGCCAUCGUCGUCCAGUACCGCCAUGGCCGGGUCUUGCAUGUCCAUGGCGCGAAGUCAACAACAAGCAGUCCGGGAGAACCAUCCUACGUUCAUGGCUUUUCUUCAUUCGAUGAUGCCGAUAUCGCUUGCCAGCGGGUGGCAAUGAGACUCGCGCCGGCCCCAUCAUUAGACCACCUUGCAGACCUGGUGGCCGCAGCACACACUGCGAUGACAUUGGGCAUCCAAACACCAGCCUCGAAUGGGAGCUCAAGUGGUCAACUGCAACUGUUUUGGCUGGGCGGGGAUAACGGUUGGGGAAACUCUCUUGGUGGUGUUGUUCAAUGGCUAGAGAGUCAAGAUGCUGUACUCAGCUCGGAUACAGGCGCGGGAUUGGGCAACUCGCAAUAUGGCUGGCCUGCAAUGCUGGGGCCAACAGCUGAUAUGUGGGAAAAUGCAGCUACUCUCAAGUCGGUCACCAACUUAGACCGUUCCUGUGUCGCACUAUCCUUGACUACUGGAAAAUUGCGUCUGCUUCCUUGCAAUGUGGCGCUCCCAUACAUUUGCUCAAGUAAACUGCUACCAGACCUUGUAACGACGCGCGUUACAGCCACUGGUCCCAGUAGCUCAACCGCUCUUAACACCGGGUCAACCCCAUCGACAUCAUCAUCCAGCGGUGCAGCUGCCGCUGCGGCAGCCGUCUUUGCUCCAGCUACUGGCGUUCCAACGGACCGACGAGCCACCUACGCAUUUUUUAGGACACCGCUGCCUUUUCCUGAUGCAGCAAGAGCUUGCUCAGACUUUGGUGGGCAUGUGGUGCCUGUGAAGAGCCGCGACGAGGAUGUAUACUUGUCUGCGAUCAUGGCACGCCAGCUCACAGCAUGGUUAAAUAUUCGAGGCUUCUGGAUUGGUCUGCGAUUUAACCCGUUCCUUGGGGACGGGGGCUCCUAUGACUGGGAGGAUCCACAACCGGCGUCGGCAAUACCCUACUCAAAUUACGACCAAUCUUUAGACUAUGAGCCUACGUGCCGAUCAGUGGAUUGCUGCUUGGUAACGCGCGUUUACUUUGAUGCCAUUUCAAUGGCCGAGGCCAGAGCUGCAAUUGAUACUGCAGCUGAUGUGGGCAAUGGCGCGGGUGAUGUAUCCGCUUCUGGGGGACCACUUCUGACAAGCAAGGUUGACCUUAAAUGGGCUAGCAUCAACUGUUCAUUGCCUCGGCCAUUUGUAUGUCGACGUGCUGAUUCGGACGGCCAAGUACACAACAUGACCGCGUACGUCUCAGCACACAACGUGCCAUUGGACUGGGCAGCAGCCAACAACGCAUGCCAGACUGGCAUACGUGCAGCAUCGCUGCUUCCUACUGCGAACAUCAACUUCCUGCGCAAUCGAUCAUCGUUGGCACUCAGCGUGGCAUAUGAGUCUGGUGCAUUUGUCCCAUCUCUUGGAAAUUCUGUUAUUGGAAGUGUGACACCAAGGCAACCACCUGCAAAUUUUUCAUCGCUUCGCCCGCCCCCGCGGCCGCCAAGCCCUGUAGUUGGCGUGAACCUAACUGCAGCGGCCUGGGUAUGGCUGGGUUUAAAUGCAGACCGGUUUGGCCGAUGGUAUUCUACUGAUGGGUCCCUUCUGACUUUGGUUGAUGUAUCCCAACAAAUUGGAGACGUCGCCGCAGGCAUUGUUGCAUCAGCUGCAUGGCCAAUAAACGAUCCUAUGAUGAGGCUUUGCCUAGCUGUGGACCUCAACAGCACACGCGCUAUGCUGCUGCCAUGUGAUACAGAUUUGGCAUACUUGUGCUAUGGUGGCCUUCAACCAGCUGCGUCUCUGCUGACUCCAUGGGGACAGGAGCUUCUGGUCAUCGGUCAUCGAUUACCGUACGCAGCUGCUGAAACAGCCUGUCAAAUGCUGGGUGCGCACCUGGCUUCGUUUACAGCUGACACCCCCCGUACGACGGGUUCUCGCAUGGUGGCGAAUUCGCUGGGAUCCGCCGCAAGCUUCUGGAUUGGUUUAGAUGACAACAACUGCUGCGAGGACUGUAAGCCGGAUCAAGGUCCCAUUGGGUGUUACCAGUGGACAGAUGGCCGAGACACAAGCCUCUCAUACAACUACUUUGACCCCCUGAUCGGCCUUCCACUGGCAACACCAACUGCGUCAACGGCAAAUUGUACUGCUGCAAGCGCAAAUUCCCUCAAUGUAUGGACGAAUCGCAAUUGCAGCGAUUUGUUGCCAGCUCUGUGCAUGCGUCAGCGCCGGCCGCCAAUCCUUUACCAAUAUAUGGACUGGUCACGAGAAGAAGACAGCGAUCAAUGCACUGCUGCUCAUGAGUACCUGUUCCUUAAUGCUUCUGCAAGUCGCACUGAUGCAGAGUCAGCGUGCCGUGCCCAUGAUGCACAUCUGGUGUCGCUGCACUCCGCACGUGACAUGCAAAUUUUGGCAAACAUGACCGCCCGUGCCUACACAGAGUACAGGCGACAAGCCCUCACAUUGCGUGUUCCAGCGCCAUAUGAUUCAUGGUGGAUCGGUCUCAGUUACAUGCCCACUGGACUGUUAACUGGCUCUGCAACAAUCAGCAACGCUUCGCAUCCAAGUGCUACGCCGCCAAUGCGCUGGACGGAUCAGACUCCUUAUGACUAUCCAGCUGCGCUGCCCGCAAUUACCGUUUCCUCUGGAUCAGCAUCAUUACUGUCGGAGGUUCCCCUACCCGCGGUUACUAUGCCCCGCGAUGGAUGGUGCUACAGAACCGCGUCGCUCCAGUCUUUACCGAGUGCAGGAGACCCUAGCAACUCAAUUAUUGCUACAACAGUGGACUUGAUUGCCACGCAGUGCAUCAAUACGCACCAGGUUAUGUGCGCUCGCCCUGUCCUGCUUGCACCAGUCUUCAUCGCAAUCUCAGGCGCAUAUCAGCUUCGCUUCUUUUCCCAGGCCAAACUAUCCAAGGAAGAGGCAGUCCGGGUGUGUGUGCAAGACUCCGGCACCUUGGCAUCACCUUUGUCAAGCGACUUAGGCAUGGUUUCGCAACGCCUUCAAACAGAGUUUCCCAGUACACGCCAAGGACUCCCAAUGGCCUGGAUUAACGCAACGGCUGCCUCACGUGGUGGGGUGUUAGACGCACAUUGUGUUGCUUUAGCCGCUGGCGGAGUACCAGUCGCUGCGAAUUGUCAAACGGAGCUCCCGUUUGUUUGCCAACGACGUCUCAAACCGGAAUCAUCUCUGGAGGUUACGAGCACUCAAACUGGAUAUACGAUGGCACGGAUUCUUGGCGUCUCAAACUUCCAGUUUUAUCUAAUUUAUGCAAAUGCCCAGCGAGCAGCUAGUGCAUGCUAUGCUUUGGGUGGCUCUUUGCUAACUUUGCGUAAUGAUGACGAAGCAGACGCUCUCGCGCGCCUCGUUGGCGGUGCAUCAGAGGUCUUAUGGUCGGGCUUAUACUGGUCUGCUGGAAGCUUCUACAAUGUAGACGGUUCUGAAGUAGCUUAUCUGCGAUGGCUGGCCGGCGAGCCUUCUCUGGUCACUACCAAGCAGCAGCAAGCAGGUGCGUCGCAGUACUGUGUCGCACUAGUGCGGCAAGUGGGCAAGACGCCGAGCUGGCGAAUGCGGGCUGUAUCCUGCAUAAUGGAGCUUCCAUUCAUCUGCCGAGAGUCCGCCCAAGCACCAUCCCUGACUACGCUGAGAGGCACACAGACCGUAGCAUUCUACCCUUCUCUUCAUAUGCCUGCAACAGACGCAGCUGCUGUAUGCAGAGCAAAUGGCAUGCAGCUAAUCCGACCCACAAGGGCAGAUGAUGUUGUGUGGGUCCGAAUGACAUCAACACGCAUGUGGAAACCCUCGGCUGAGAGUCCUACCACGCUGGCCACCAAUGCAACUAAUGCAGUUUGGACGGGACUGGUUAUGAGAGUACUGCUGCCUGCGGGAUUAAUGGCCACUUCUGUCUCUUUGUCAUGGUGGCCCGGCGAGCCUAUCACAACAAAUGGCAAUCUGUCAAAUGUUGCUUCUGCUGUCGUGCAGCGAGUGUCAGCUAUGGGUUACGGUGUUGAACAGGGGCUUCUUCCAGGAACAUUCGUGGAACACUGUAUGGCAAUAAGUCUGCAAGAGAUGGCCACCUCGCAAGCCCGCAAGGCAGACGACACAAUGGACGACUUACUUGUGAUGUUGCCAUGCAAUACACCAUUGAGUUUCAUGUGCCAGACUCCUGACUCCAGCCCGCCUGUUCCGGACCUUGCAUUUAGAGUUCCUGCCGUUGUGGGCAGCAGCUUCGAGGUGUUUAAGACUUCAAUGGGAGUUACUGAUGCUGAUACUGUUUGCCGUACCCGCGGUGGCAGGUUGACGUCUAUACACUCAGUCAGCGAAGAAGCCGAAAUUAUGGACGCUGUCCAGCGUCAUAUUGGUGAUGUUGGUAUGGAACCAAGGUUUUGGAUUGGUCUCGCCCUGUUUAAUAGCCUAAGUCCAAGAUGGAUGGAUGGAAGUUUUUAUGACUAUUCAAAUGCACUCAGAGUCAACACGUUGGUCACGUCCAACACGUCACAGCCCUUGUGCUUUGCUGUCUCGUCACGAGGUUGGAUUUCCCAUGGCUGCGCUAUACCACUCCCUUUCAUAUGCCGAGUUCCUGAUGCGGAUCCACGUUGGCAGUAUGCACGACGAGUGCUGCGUGCUGCGUAUUACUAUUAUUACUUUACAUGGCGUCCAGCAACGGAGUCGGACGCGGAUGCGGCAUGCAGGGCUAUUGAUCGACACCCAGUGUCAUUUCAGAGUGUUACCGACUUGCAAGAGUUGGGCGUCUCCAUGAUUCAGGAUGUGGCCGCGUUUGAUGUCACGGCAAUUGAUAGCACGCAGCUUAGUACCGUCGCUGCCUUUUGGUCUGGAUUAUCUCUGAAGCGCUUCGUGGUUGAUGCAAGCUCCAAUGUCACGGUGCUAAAGUACAUUUGGCGCGAUGGCACUCCCUUUGAUAUGGACUCGGAGAUCGCGCGCUAUCUACAGCUCCCGUCACCAUCAAAUGCUUCGGUGGGAAGCUGCAUAGGGAUUGACGUUGCAACUGGCAAAGCUAUCUUUACUAGUUGCUUGAGUACAUAUUUCUAUAUAUGCAAAGGUGGAACAUUUCCUUCUAUGUACCUGGAUUUUGAUGGGUUCCGACUGUCAUACUACCCAGAGGCAGCAUCAGCUGUUGUUGCACAGUCUAUAUGCUCUAGCAGCUCUUCAGGUUCUGGGGGCAGCAGUAGUGAUUUCUCUGGACUUGUGAUGAAGGGUUCACUCGCAUCUCUCCGUACAUCUGAUGAGGAGCGUGCGGCUGUGCUGCUCACAGACAUGGCAACGAAUGCUGGCAACGUGACGACUUCGGUUGAUGUUUCUGCUGGGCUGCUGCUUGUGCCAUCAAGUAACAAGAGCGCGAGUGUCUGGAUCGGACUGCAGCGCAGUGCACCAGUGCCAUCUACAUUUCGGUUUACGGAUGGCACUGGUGUAACUUACACUAACUGGGCGCCUGGCCAGCCGCAUGAUAUGGCUAUUGUUCCGAGCAACGACUCCAACAACUCUGCUCUGAACAGCGCAGAUGCAUUGUGUGUGCGCCUUCUUGUUUCUGGCGAGCCCAAGAGCUCUGCAUGGUACACAGCGCCUUGCUCACAGCAGGAACUGCCGUUCAUAUGCAAAGCUGUCUCUCCGCUGCCUGAGCCAGCAGCAAGUUGGACAUGGGGUGGUUGGGAAUAUCUAGUGUACAUGCCUUCUUUAGGAAUAACCGAUGUAGAUUACCUUGGUGGCUUGAGUUUCGAUACCGCCCAAGCAACUUGUGAGCACGUCGGCGGCUCGUUAAUGAGUGUGGAAAGUACACCCGAGCAUGAGGCAGCCCUGGCCAAUGUUGCUUCAUGGUCUAAUAAUUUCAGCAUAUCAGCCGCCAUUUGGGUUGGGGUGCGUGCUAUGGUGGUAUUGGCAGGCGAUGAUACGUCGUCCACUGCAAAAAUGUCCACUGACACCGCUACACUGAAACUUGAGUAUGUGGAUGGCUCGGAGCGUAUCUGGAAUGGGGCUGGUCCGCCAUCUGCGGUGCUUGCAUCUGCGCUGUUGCAAUGGCAAGCACGCUGGGGUACCAAUACUUCAACGCUUAAUGGUACUGUUAGCGAGGGUAUGUCAGCUGGCUGCGUUGCGUGGGACGUGUCUCCACAGUCUAAAGGCGGGCCCGGCACUUACAUUAUAUUGCCGUGCAAGUCGCGUGUAUCGGCCUUCAUCUGCAAACGUCCUGGAAGCAAACCGUCCUUGGUGACCAUCAUCAAUGACACGCGCUACACGGGUUAUAUGUUGCCUGCAAAAUGGCUGCCAGCCGAUGAGGCUGACAGUGCUUGCUCACGAGAAAACCAGGAGGAUGGGAUUUGGCCAUCCGAGCUGAUGCUUAGGCAGCAGCCCCACAACCCUUCACGUCUGGCAGUAUUGGCAUCGCCAUCCACAGUUCGGUCCCUAGCAACGCAAUUGAGUCCAUUUCUCCAGUUUACGAACACUAGUUUGGUGCACAUUGGUCUUGUACUUUCUAAGCUGUCUACAGGGCUUACAGCAGCUAGCUGGCGUGAUGGCUCGUCUUAUCUCUUGAAUUGGGCAGCUGGUGUUGCAGGAUUUGGUGAGCUUGCAGACUCGCUUCAAUUGGAGCGUGUAUGCGUGGCUGUGAAUGUGACAUCGUCAGCGUUGGUCAAGGUAUCUUGUGAAUCUCAGCUUCCAUACGCUUGCAGUGGACCCCCGUUGCCUGACUUGGUUUACACGUCUAAUCGUGCUUCUUACAUGGUAUUCUCAACCGACUUAACGCGGGAACAAGCAAGAGCGGUAUGCAAGACCGCUGGAGCAGGUUUAAGCCUGUUUACCCCAGCGCUUACUUCAGCAGCGACUGUGUCAGAGGCACAGCUUGUUACAAAGAUUUUCAAGCAGGUCAUGCCUGCGCGCUCGCAAUUCUGGAUUGGGUUACGGGCUGUGUCCACAGUUUGGUCGUGGCAAGACAUGCCAACGCCUACCGCUAUGGCAUCCAAUCAGAAUGGCAGCAGUCUGCUUGGUGGAUACAGAGCGUGGUCAGCUGGUGAACCGGGGGCAGGAUUAGCAAGCGGGCUAAGCUGUGCAGCUGGAGAGGUGGUGGAAGUUGGCUCAGGAAUGGUACUCCAGUGGAGACCGGUUGAUUGUGCACGUGCAGCUCUUCCUUUUGUCUGCAAAGUGCCGCUGGCGGUGCCACCACCCCAGCCCAGCGGGGUGCCCUUGUUCGACUACAAUGGUUACCAGUAUUUGGUGGCCACUCCAAGUGCAACUCAGCCGGUGUCAUUCGACAUUGCUUCUGUCACGUGUGGCCAGCUCGGAGGAAGGUUGGCACUGUUGCAAGAUAUCAAUCUACGAAUGAAGCUGUUCCAGGAGGCCCUAGACCUACCAGCAACAUUCAAAUCAGUGAUUUUUGGUAAUAUGGAUGGUUGCAAAGCGACUGGAGGUGUCAACACAUAUAUUCCUCAGCGCUUAGUUUUAAACCAGGCUAAUGGUGUAUCCAUAUUGGCAUUGUGGACAAAUAUGAUCUUAACUUCUGGGCGACCACGCUGGGCCGAUGGCACAUUGUUUUCGGAGGAGCAGCUUGCAUUAUGGGAUAAGUCAGGAGAAAAUUAUGAGCCAACUGCACCAUCACCUGUGGCAGUAUCCCUGCUAGGUGCAAACGCUUCUUCAGCCCCGCCACCCUCGAUGUUGGGUGGAGGAAAUGCGGUUGAUCAAUGUGGCACAAUUGCCUUUGGUCGAUGUUCAAACGGCCAGGGAUUGCUUGCAUGGCAGUCCAGGCCAUGUGAAUCCGACCUUGGCUACAUCUGUGAACGUCUACCACCCCCUACAGUAAUAGUUUCCAGGGGUGCCAAUGAUUACCUAAUCUAUAAUCACUUUUUCACGCAGCGCCAAGCCCAUACAGUGUGCGCAGCGGCAAGUUCUGCCCUCACUUCUCUGCAAGAUGAGCAGGAACAGUCAUGGAUGUUGGAGCAAGUCUCCAGCAUGCUGAUAGAGCUGACGUUUGCAAAUGCCAGCCAAAGCACUGACGCUCCGCCAAGCGUUUCGUAUGCUAUUCUGCUUGGCCUUGACAACGGUCGUUACUUGGAUGAAUUCCGGUGGAUUGAUGGAAGCCCUUUUGUGUACAGCGCGUGGGCACCGGGUCAACCCCGCAGUGUCAGCCACGUCGGCUCCACGUCUAAUGGCGUGUCUUUCUGUGUUUCACUGCUGUCCGUGACGGGAAUGUGGCAGGUUGUCGACUGUGCCACACAGAGCCUCUUUGUUUGCAAGCGCCCACGUGCGCCGCCUUCGUACCUCUCUCCUGACAUGUCUCCAACCGUUUCGUAUCCGGUGGUAACUCUAGCCCAGCCACCUCCAGUAAAGUCUUCGACAGGAUCCGUGAAUCCGAUUUUGCCGCCAGCUGUUUUUAUUGCUACAGAACCAAAUCCUCCUUCUCCACCAAAACCACCAGCCAUGCCAUGGCGCCAAGGGGCUCGGCCGCCUGCAAAACAGCCAGCACCGAUCCCAAGUGGCAAUCAUGUGAACCGUCCCGUGGAGGCUGUAGCACCCGCAUUGCAGUUUGACGACUUCCAACAGACCUGGCCACGCCUUAACGCCACACCAAUGUGGUCUUCAGACCCUUUAUCUCCAGUACCUGAGGCACGCCAACGGCAUGCCGCUACACCACUGAUACGUUUGCCUAACAUGACUGCAAAAUAUGAUUCAAGAAAAUACAUGUUCGUUUAUGGCGGGACCGUCAAUAGCAAUGCUCAAGAUCCAGUUGGCAUUAUGGAUGACCUCUGGCUUUUGCAAAUUCGGCCCAACAUCAGUUGGACCAAGAUGCGCUGCUUCGGCUCUCCGGGGCCGCGGCUUGAUGCAAGCUUGCAUUUCCAUGCGGAUAUGCUGAUACUCACAGGAGGAAUCACAUUUGAUGCUGGGUCAAACUCGUGGACACAUGCACAGUCCACGUAUAUGAUUGACUUGCUCCCUCUUGUGCUGUCAUUGAAAUCUUGCAUGUCUACCAAGCUUGUGCUGCCCACUCUUCGCUGGAUCCUGGUUGACCCUCUUUCUGAAGGCAUACAGAAUAGUAGUGCACCCUGCCCAUUGCAGUCACCUAACACUGCGUCUCCAAUGGUGACUGGUGCCUCCGCCGCCCCCAUUGCAAAUGGUGGUCAGGUCUUACAUCGCUUGGUAUAUGGAUCUGGGACGGCUGUCCAUGCUCGUUCAUAUCCCCGGACAAAGGCAGUGCUGCAGUUACCGCUAGACGUGGACAUGCCUGGACUAGCUUCAGUAAUUUCUGUGCCAACAAACAUAUACCCCGCAGCGUUUGAGGACUGGUCAACUCUGCAUCGAAGGCACGUGCAGGAUAAAAUUAAUGAUAUGGACAGUGGAAAUGAACCUGAUAUUAACACAUGGUUGUCGCUGGCUCCACGCUCGAUGAUUCAUUGCAAUGGGAGUGGAUUGCUAGUUACAUCUGAUGAGGUGCACCUCCAGGGUCUGGCAUUCAUUAAUUGUCAGGAGUUUGCGGUGCACAUUGUAGCUCCUCGAAACGCGGUUGUGACCAUCACAAAUUGCUGGUUUGAAAAGAACUCAGGUUCGGCAUUGUUGGUUACGUCAGGACGCGUAG